GGAGCUCCGGCGCAGUGAUCUUCCCGCACAGCGGCCUCGCCGGCACAUUGCAACUAUGGCCGGCGACACGGAAACACGCCUACGGGACCGGGGCGACAACACCGACGUGAUACGGCAACCUUUUCUCAUCGGUGUCUCCGGGGGCACCGCCAGCGGAAAGUCGUCUGUGUGCGAGAAGAUCAUGGAGCUACUGGGCCAGAACAAGAUCGACCACCACCAGAGGCAGGUGGCCAUCCUCAGCCAGGACAGCUUCUACAAGGUGCUGACCCCGGACCAGAAGGCCAAGACGCUCAAGGGCCAGUACAACUUUGACCAUCCAGAUGCCUUCGACAACGACCUGAUCAUGCAGACUCUGCGGCAGAUCCUGCAGGGGAAGACUGUCCAGAUUCCAGUUUAUGAUUUUGUCACUCAUUCCAGGAAGGAGGAGUUCAUCACGGUGUACCCGGCUGACGUGGUGUUGUUUGAGGGCAUCCUGAUGUUCUACUCGCAGGAGAUCCGCGACCUGUUCCAGAUGAAGCUGUUUGUGGACACCGACCCAGACACUCGGCUCUCUCGCAGAGUUCUCCGAGACAUCGGUGAGCGCGGGCGAGAGCUGGAGCAAGUGCUGGCGCAGUACAUCACCUUCGUGAAACCGGCGUUCGAGGAGUUCUGCCUCCCCACUAAGAAGUACGCGGACGUGAUCAUCCCCCGAGGAGCGGACAACCUGGUGGCCAUCAACUUGAUAGUCCAGCACAUCCAGGACAUCCUCACCGGCGGCCCCAGCAAGCGCCACAACGGCUGCACCAACGGCCUCAGCACCCCUCGCCAGCGGCGGACGUCCGAGUCCAGCAGCCGGCCGCAUUGACCCGGCCGCGCCUCUCUUCCCCGGGAGGAGAGGGUGUAAAUAACGCAUCAUUGUAUUUAAGAUGAGCCGGAGGAAAAAAAGAAAGAUUUGCAUCCACAAUCCAAAUGCCUUUUUAUUACCAUGACUACUCCUUGUUCUUAGUUCUUCAUUGUCCCAUUUUCUAUGGAUUCUCCUUGCAAGACCACCUUUUGUUUCAAUGUAUCCCCUUCACUUGUUUUUUUUUUAAUUAUAUAUUUUAAACUGAUAAAACUUGAACCCCCGCUUGAUUGGGAGUGUGGUAAAUAUUUGUUCAGCAAACCCAGAUUGCACUUUGGAUUUGUUUGGUAAUCUCGGGCUUGUGUUCAUUGUGAAGUAUUUAGUUCAACACUACCGCAUCUGGAACUUAACUCAACUCGCCUGUCAACCAGUGUACUGACGUGGAAUGGCCGUGACGUCAUUGAACUGCACAAGUGGCUGCGUGGUCAAAUAUAAACUUGGCUUUACCGGAGGAAUUCGUCGUGACGGCGGACGUGUACUCAGGUUAAUACAAGGUCAUCGCCGCAGCAAUACCCGUGAGGCUCCACCACAAUGCCUCCGCAAAGUUGCCUCAGGUGAACGCGCACAGCAAGUAAUCGCCAUCGUUUCCGGUGCCACUUCCGGUUACAAUAAAAAAAAUAGCUUUGAAUCAUUUUUCUAUUCGGCGUUGCAUAUUUAUUUUGUAUUGUUCGACUGACUGGAUUAUUUGUACAGUUAAAAGAUGAGUGUGAAUUGUAAAUUAAAGACUGAUUGACGUUGCAAUGUAGUCAAUAAACGGAUGUCACCAAG